UCAGCACGAGCCGCGCUAUUCCAGCUGAUAGUUAAAGCUGAGGUGAUACCUUUUUCAAAUGUUACAAUCGUUCUUCGCAUUCUACUAGAAUCAUGGCUGUCGUUGUUCCGCCUCCUAGUAAUUUCCAGCCGCAAUCUGCACUUCUCCAAUUGCCAGCAGAAAUCAAACACAUCAUAUAUGGAUUGUGUUUCGUUGCCGACGCCCCCAUAAUCGACCCUCAAAUCAACGGCUCCAAAAGGCGAAAUGACAUUGCGGUUCGUACGACACCAGGCGCUGCUCUGCUUCAGACAUGCCGUAGAACCUACCACGAGAUCGACCGCCGUCCACUAUUCGCGCAGAACACCUUCCGUUUCUCGAAUCUGACCAGGAUGCGAGCUUUCCUACAUGCACUUCCUCUGGAAUACAGAACGCGCAUCCAGGAUAUCGAAAUCGAUUUGCGAGAGUUGAACUCGGAUCGCCCUCACCUCGCGCGUGAGUGGCUGCAGUACGUUGCGCUAGCAAAGAAUGGAGGCUUGGAUUCAUUGCGCGCUGACGCAGCCGGUCUACGGUGUCUGCGAAUAAACCUAGAGACAUGGCCCUCGCUGUAAUUCGGAGUGAACUCUGGACUUUUCUUCGAAGCAUGCUAUCGGAGCUCGAGGGCUUGGACAGAAUUGUCGUAACUGGAUCGAGCAGAGGCAAGGCAAUGGAACGAAAAUUGCCAUGGUCGCCAGUCCAUUUUGUUGGUGGAGAUGACGUUGGAACCCACGACUUGCUUGCUCGAAUGAACAAGUGUGUCACGA